AAUCACAAUUAGUUCUCCUCUCUCUCCACUUAAAGAAAAAAUCAUGAAGGUUAUAAAAAUAAUCUUCUUAAUAAUCAUGGUCUUAAUUCUAAUACCCACUCCAACAAACUCGAAACCCGGUUUUCUAGAAAUAAAACCGGUGGUGGCAAAACGGGUCAGCCGGUUUCUCCAGCAAAACAACCCGAGAAUAUCCGGUUCGUGCGGCAAUGGUAAUGACGGUCAGGUAUGUGGCGGCUAUUUAUUUGAAGGAAGAAACGCUAUUUGCUGCAACAACAAAUGUACAGAAGCGGGACACGAUUUUAACAACUGUGGCGCGUGUGGGAUGAAAUGCGCUUUUGGAGAAAUUUGUUGCAGAGGGGAGUGCGUGAAUGCACGCUCGGAUAAGAAACACUGCGGUUUUUGUAAUAAUCUCUGCGUGGGAGAUGGGAACUGUGUAUAUGGUGUGUGUGACUACGCCGUUUAAAUUUUAAUUUCAGUGUAGUUUUUUGGUGAGUAUUUUGAUGGGAAUAUUUUUCGUCAAUUAAUUAAAAAAUAAAUAUUAACGUUUUUUUUUUUUUUUUUAUUAAUAACCAAUUACUAUUA